AUGAGAGUAUCUAACGUUCUCAGACAGGCACUCAAGUCGGCCCAGGGCCGUCAAUCGGUUCUGGUGAGAUCGGCAACGGGGAACCCAACUGGAUUGACUGGGAUUCUUCAGCAUCCAAACCCUAGACCAGCCUUGAUUUCUCUAUACAAUGCCACCUUGGCCGAACUCAAGGCCCGUUUCCCGCCAGAGUCCAUCUACAGACAGUCUGUGGAGAACCUCACAAAGGCUAGACUUGCUGUAGUUGAGUCCAACGAGGUUGUUGAGAAGAUUGAAAACGAAAUUGGUUGUGGAUUAAUCGAGGAAGUCAUUAUCCAAGCUAAUGAGGAGCUCGAGUUGUUGAAGAAGAUGGCCGAAUGGAAAGUAUGGGAACCAUUAGAGGAGAAACCCCUUGAAGACCAGUGGGUCUAUUUUGGUAAGAAAAUCUAA